ACCUCCUUCCUUUCAGUCAGCUAAGGGCAGCGAGAUCGGAAGGCCUCACUGAUUGCUGUUGAGCUCGGUGUCGAAUUUUAACCCACCAGAAGGUCGAUUUUAAGAUCCGCCGUAGUCGAUCAUCCAUCAUGAAGAUCUGGACGUCCGAACACGUAUUCAGCCACCCAUGGGAAACAGUAACCCAAGCAGUUUGGAGAAAAUACCCCAACCCACACAACCCAGCCGUCGUCGGCACAGACGUCAUAGAACGACAUGUGGAAGACGGAGUCCUGCACACACACAGACUCAUCAGUUCUCGGUGGGGCCUGCCGUCAUGGGCACAGACGAUCCUUGGUGCUGACCGUAUUUGCUAUGGUUAUGAACAUUCAGAGGUGAAUCCAGCCGAGAAGACAAUGACUAUGAGGACCAGAAAUGUAACAUUCUCCAACACAGUUUGCUUGGACGAACGAUUAACAUACUCGCCUGAUCCUUCUGAUAGUGAGAAGACUGUCCUCCGUCAGGAAACAAUUGUGACUGUCAUGGGUGUCCCGUUAACCUCAUACAUGGAGAACUAUCUCCUGAAUAGUAUUACUAAAAAUUCUUUUAAGGGCCGGGAUGCCAUGGAGUUCGUCAUAAGUAAGAUAAACAGGGAAGUGGAGGAGAUCAUGUCCACUUACAAACGUAGUACAACUGAAUUACUCUCGCACACGAAGAAAUCUUUCGACGAGAUCACAGAGAGUGCAAGGAGAUCGGUUGACGACAUUUCCCUCGUUGCAAAGAAGUCUGUGGAUGGGUUCUCGGGCGUAGCAAAGAAAUCUAUUGAUGACAUUUCGUGUGCUGCCAAGAAGGGCAUCGAUGAGAUUCAGAAUUUUGCGAAGCCCAACGAACCUAUGCCGAGGAUAUGAUAUCAGCAGAUAUUUAGGAUGUAUUUUAAUUGUCUGUCUCCCAGUUCUUGUGGGAAGGAAUACAGGAUCAAGAAAAAGGAGGACGAUAAUCCGAGUGACAACAUUAAUGUCUGAAAGACGUUUGAAAAGAGUUUUAGUGAGAUAUUUCCGUCUGUGGCUAGAUGUAUAUUUUUGUAAAUGCCACAGUGUGCUGCAUUCUGAAGACUUGAAACAAAUAUUUUAAAAAUGAUGCCGUUAGGGCUUCAGGUUUUCGUUUGUGGCUUAUACUAGCUUCUAAAACUAUGGGUUUCUUUGGAUCAUGGGAGUAAGUUCAGCUUGUGAAAGUGAUCAACUAGGUACGAUAUAUUUUCUGUGAUAUGGGAAGCCAUAGUUAAGCCAUACAGAUUUUCCUGUAGUCUUGAGGCUGGUGGAUGUUCAUCCACAUUCGACACUGGCAGCAAAAAAGGUGCCUCCUUCCCUUUGGUUAGGGGAGGAGAUUCAUAGGGCAUUUCACCUCAAAGGAAGGCAUUAAACAGCUGUUAUUUGCCCCGUUCCAGAGGUCAGUAUUGGUUAUAUUUACAAUAGGAGGCUUCUUUCCAGAUUACCAUCUUAAAGUAGAACACAAAUGUAGUCGCCUGCUAUUGCCAAUUCACAGUUGCUCAUGGCCGUCCCUAGAGUAGGAAGUCUCUUUCGUCUUGCAUCUGGGACAGGUGCUUCUUAGGAAGUUAAUUUAAUCUUUUUUUCCGAGGGGUGAGAGUCUUGUUCUGGAGCAGAGGGCUCUUUCAUACUCAGGGUUAACCCACUUAUCAGGAGAGGUUGGAACCGAGUUAUGGUGCAUGGUGUCCAUUUUGACAAGAGUGUCUCUUGCUGAACGUUGUAAGUCUCCGUUCAUAACUUUACACAUUUAUGUUUGUGCAUUGCGGAGAAAGUUGUUAAAAGUGCCAAAGAUGGGAAAGCUGUAUUUGGAGUAUAUUGAAGGUUUCCAGAUUUGUUAAGUUUUAUCUGUAGCCAGUGUUUUCUCAGUCAAAAUGCCUAGAAGGCCAGUCAGAACACCUAGAGGGCCACAUUUUUGUUGGAACUUCAAACCAAUUGGAAAUCUCUUGGUUGGGAGGUUUGGUUUUAGACAAGAACCUCAUGUAGUUUCACGAAUUCAGAAACAAAAUUGAAUUUGGUGUAUUAGUUAGUAUUAUCCUUUCCAGUAGCAACUGAUGAUUUGCUAGUUUUUAUUUAGUUGAGUUUAGGGUGCUAACUGUACUUGGAAUUACAAUGGGAAGGUGUCAGCUUGAAUGAAGUGGAGUUGAAAGCACUGGUAUUUGGUUGCGUCAAAGUCUGUGAAAUGGAUACUUCAGUAUUUGCAGACAUAUCUUCGAACCAGCUCCUUGCAUUCCCAACUCGUCUACCUAUGGAUUGUCAGUGCACAUUAUGUACCUGUUUACUUUUUACAGUGAGAAAAGGUAGUUCUGAAGAGCUUUGGAUGCUGUUGCAAUAAUGAAAGAAAACAAGGCUGUAAUAUUUGUAGGCAAUUCUCAAGCUUCACUCUAGAGUUGAGGGGACGUGAAUAUAAAGGCUGGGCUAAGUAUGUUAGAUUUGAUAUGUUUCCAUUUUGCAAGUUUUAAUUUUUCACUGACAACAGAUAAUUAGUAUUUCCACGAGACCAAAGGUGCUUAUAAAUUAUUUUAUGUUUUAAGUAGUAACAUCAGAGAAUUUUGUCAUUGAUUUCCCUGUACUGUACUGUACAUACCUCAGCAUCUUUCCAACAGUGGUAGAUUUGUUUCAGUAGCAUAGAACCAAGUGGUUUUUUUUCCCGGUAAUCUCUUGGCUGCUCAAGAUUGUCAAGCAUUUUUCCACCGUCGUACGAUAUCUUAAUUCGUUUGACAUAGCUUUCAUAGAGUAUUUAUUUUAUUUAAUAAAAUGUUAUUUCUCAUGACCUAAAAUAAAAAAAGACAAUCUGAAA